AUGAAAUCUAAGCGUAAAUCUGCUAAAACUAAAAAUAGCUAUAAUAAACGACUAUAUGCCGCAAAUGCAGUUAAAAAGAAAGAUGUAGUUUCUAGGAAGGAGCAGCAAAGGAUAUGCAAAGAAAAAUUGCGAUCGGAUUCGGUAUACCGAAAAUCCGAAGGAGAACUAAACAAAAAUAGGAUAGCGCAUUUGCGCAAGGACGAAAGCUUUAGGAGAAGGGAAAAGGUAAGUAAUAGAAUACGUUUAGCGACAACUAGACAUAGUGACAAUAAUUUCGCUCGGCUUGAAAAUGAGAAGCAUAGGAAACGUAUAGCUAUCAAGAGAAAAAAUGAUGAGAUAUUUAAAAUUAAUGAAAAAAAUAAAAAUAAAGUACGCAUGCGUGAAUAUAGGAAAAACGAAAGUAUAAGAUUGGCUGAAUAUAUGGCAAGAAAGCGCGAAGAUAAUGUUCAUCGAGAGCGAAGGAGAAAUGAGUUGCGUAUGAAAUUUUUAAGACAGGGUCAAUAUAAACUAUCUGAAAUUAAUAAAAAUAUCGAACGGAAUAUAAUUCUCCGUCAAAAUUAUGCAUAUAACCAGUUAGAAAAUAAUAAAAAUAAGCUGCGUAAUAGACUUCUUCGACAAAAUUAUGAAUAUAGGACGAGCGAAAAUUAUAAAAAUAUCAGGCGAAAUAGUGACUUAAGACAUAAAUUACCAUAUCGCACAAAGGAAAUGAAAAAUAAUAUCGAGCGCAAUAUGCAUUUACGACGUAAAUCUUUGUAUAGAACUCGUGAAAACGAGAAAAAUAUGAUACGCAACAACAGGUUAAGACAAGCUCCAAAUUUUUCAAUAAACGAAAAUAAAAAUAAUACUUUUCGUAAUAAGAUUUUGCGCAAAAAUAGAGAAUUUAGAUUAAAUGAAGCACGUUCUAAUAUUUCACGCAUGAGAAUGACUCGUAACAUUGCGCAUUACAGUACAAACGAGAAAAUUAAAAAUAUAGAUCGAAUGAGAAAAUCACGGCACGAUAAAGUCGCAUAUAGAAAGGAACUAAAGAAGAAUGCCGAACAUAAAUUAAAAAACAGAGAACUAGAUUUCAUAAAAUAUCGUGAAAACAUAUAUAAUCAAUUAAAAACAUUUGACAAAUUUAUCCAUUUGCAGAGCUGCAGCAAAAGUUUAUUCAUUUAA